GGGGCGGAGCGGGGCGGGCGAUGGCGCGGGUGCUGGUGCUGGGCGCGGGGCUGACGGGCGGCGCCUGCGCGGCGCUGCUGCGGGGGGCGGUGCGGGGUCGCGUCGCCGUGUGGGACAAGGCGCGCGGCGCAGGGGGCCGCAUGAGCACGAGCCGCAGCGAGCGGGACGCCGCCUGCAGCGCCGACCUGGGAGCGCAGUACAUCAGCCCGCGGGCGGGGCGCGGCAGCUUCUUCGAUGAGCUUCUGUCUCACGGCAUCUUGAAACCACUGACUGCACCCAUUGAAGGAAUGGUAGAGAAGGAAGACUCUUGCAAUUACAUGGCGCCUCAGGGCAUCUCCUCCGUUGUCAAGUAUUAUUUAAAGCAGUCAGGUGCAGAUGUCUUCUAUGAAUACCACGUAACUCACAUCUCUCUUCGAGAUGGGAAAUGGGAAGUCUCCAGGAAAACGGGACCACCAGAACUCUUUGAUGUAGUUAUUCUCACAAUUCCGGUUCCACAAAUUCUUCAGCUACAAGGUGACAUUGUAAACAUAAUUAAUGAAAGGCAAAAGCAGCAACUGGAAGCUACAAGCUACUCAUCCCGCUACGCUCUGGGACUUUUUUAUGAAGCUGGUGUGUGUAUUGAUGUCCCCUGGGCUGCAAAGUACAUCACCGAUAAUCCCUGCAUACGCUUCAUCUCCAUCGAUAAUAAGAAACGCAAUAUAGAGUCUCCUGAAAUUGGACCUUCAGUUGUAGUUCACACAACUGUGACAUUUGGGAGUGAGCACCUGGAUUCAGACCCUGCAGAGGUACAGCAGUUAAUUCUCAGCCACCUGGAAAGCAUUAUGCCAUCUCUGCCCAAACCAGCUAGUGUCAAGUGUCAGAAAUGGAGAUACUCACAGCUUGAUGCUGCUGCUGGAAAUGAUGUGCUACUGAAACGAUGGUACCCGUGUUGGCUGUGGUCCAAGCAACAUCAGCCCAGCAGUGCUGGAAGAAUAAAGGAUGGAGAUAAGAACCCAAGUUUAAAACUACAUGUUAUUGUUGUGUAGGCAUCAUUCAGCUCCAGACCUUAGGUUUCCAUCACUACAUGUUGCUCAGAAACAGGAAAGAGUGGUGAGCAUUUAUGUGCACAAAUUUUAUACAAGAACACAUGAAUUCUUGUCUUCCAAGGAUGAAGGUAGCCAAGAAGAGCCACAUGGUAAUGGAAUAAAUCUAAUCUGGUGAGGAAUUUAGUAUUGGCUUGAUCUAGUGAGAGCUCAGAAGCAACCAAAGUCCAAGCUGAAGCAGUUUGAUUUUGCAGUGCUGGAAAACCUUAAUUAAUGAACCAUAGCUCACUGAGGAUGGCAUACAAAAGCAAUGAAGCCACAUUUUUCAGAUUGCUCCUCAGCUUCCAUCCAGGCCUAGGCAUCCUCCAGGAAUUGGUUGCCAAAAUAAAAACAUUUAUUCUGUGGUGCUGGACCAUACAAGAGGAUUUACCACUGGGUACUCAGUUCCCCUGGAAGGUGCCACCAUGACAGUGGGGCCAGCUGUUGCUGGUGGUGAUGAUGGUGAUGAUUAGUGGGGACCCAUCCCACCAAUAUCCUUUCGUCCAAGCCUUAAUAUACAGAGAUUUUGCAUUAAACCACACUAAACUUGUACUUCCUUCCCCUCCUUCAAUUUUGAAUGGAAUUGAGUCAAACUACUGAAAAUCCAAAUAAAGAUCAAUCCUGAAAAGUGUGUGACAUGCAGAAAACAGAAAAUUAGCCAUCUUUGACCCAAUGCUACAUUGUUCCUCUAGCUGCCUCAUAAAGAGGCAUGCUUCAAGGAGUAAAGAUGCAUUCACAGUGCUAUGGUAAUAGAAGCAGAUUUAAAUACCACAAAUGACAGAUAAGUGGAAAUGUUUCUGACCGCAUUCUUUCAGCAAUCUUACAGCUUUGGUCAUUAUUAGACUUCAAAAUACCCAAUAAUAAACAAAUCACAGAUUCAGAGAUUUUAAGGCCAGAAUCCUGACUGAACUUGAAUCAUGAUGAGUAACAAAGGGUAAUUGCUCCCAGCAUUCCCAAUAGCAUGCCAAUCUAUCAAAAUGUAUCCUUCCAGUAGUCCAAAUGCUUCAGCUGAAUUAAAGCAUUUCAGCUCUAUUGUCUUCCUCAUCACAGGGAAAGACUGGGUCAUAAAUGCUUGAAGCCUUUUAACGCACAGUUGCUUUAAGUUCCACCCAGAGAACAUCACUUGGCUGAGCCCACCAGUGCCACAAAGCCUGUCCCCAAAAAGUGAUUUUAAUGGCAUGCUUAAAGAGCUUCCACUGCUCCCAUCUGCAGUUCCAGCAAGGACAGAUCUGCGUGUCUGGUGUCCCAUGAGUGGGCAGAUGAUGGGAGCAGAUAGCCCCCACCACAGGAGUUGUGGUGGGAAGAGAUGAGCCUGGGGGCAAAACAUUCAGAUCUAGGCUGGACUAGUUCUCAGGUGAGAAGCUGUGGAUGUGUUCAGUAGCCCAAGCCUGUAAGCCCAUCCUGAAGACCUCCUGAAGGCCAGGACUCUGCCAUGGCCAGUGGACAUGUCCCCACACCUGGCUUACUGCGGGGGCAACUCUAUCCCAACUGCUCUGUCCAGGGCUGCCUCUGCCAGGCUGAAAAGUAAUGUCUUCUUGUGACUGUGCUUGCACCUAACAGAGGUGGCUGUUAGUUAGAAUAACUCUCCCAGAUCUGUAAAACACACUGUGCAUCCCUGGGGAAGAUAUAAAGAUGCUGUGAUGGAUGCAGUCUGUAGGAAUGUAGCCCAUUUCUAAAACAAGCUAGGAAGAGGUGAUAGGUGCCCAGCUCCUUGGUUCACAAAUUGCAUGUCUCUAAUGAACCAGGCUGUAUUUUUGUGCACGCACAUGAAAAUAAAUUGAGGUUGAUUUAGGA